AUGUUUAACAAAAAUAUACAUUUGACACAUUAUAUGACGAUAUUUGAGUUGGAUUUAUAAAUUAAUCAUAUGUUUUUAAGAUAUUACAGAGAAAAUUAAGAAUAAAGAGCGCAUUGUAUUUAAUAAUUGUAUUUUUUUUAUUUUUGUCAGUCUACUCUAUGUUGACAUCGUGCAUUCUCCAUAUAAUGCUUAUUGGAUAUGCAAUUUUAUAAACAAAUUACGAAAUUCAAAGGUAAAAAGAUUGCAAAAAAUAAUUACUAAUAUUUUGGUUCAUAUUUUCAAUUGAUAUCUUAAUUGAGAAUUAUUUUGCUAAGGACAAAUUUAACUUAAUUAGAUACACAAAAUUUCUUAUUUGUACAUGCUUGUUUUAUGUAUAGAUUGUCAAUACUUCCUUUCAUUUUAUAAUUAGUAAUUAUAUAUUUAAUUAAUAUAAGUAUAAUUUGUUAACAAUAGGAAAGAGUUUGAUUAUAUUUAUAUUCACAAUUUUUAUGGAUUUUUAAUUCAAUAAUUUAUUGUUUAAGUUUUUGUAAAUUGA